AUGGAGACUUCCUUCGCAAUCACCGGAAAGGGCUACCUCAUUAUGGCUGCAGACACAACAGCGGCCAGGAGAGCCAGGCAAGCCCAGCAACCCUCUGCGCCCCGCAAGGCCACGCUAACAGAUCGUACAGGAGACACCGUGCAAUUCGCCGAAUACGUCGAGCGCAACAUCCGUUUAUACCAGAUCAGAAACCUAUACGCCCUCCGUCCCUCGGCAGCUGCAUCAUGGAUCCGCAGGGCUCUUGCAACCUCACUGAGAUCCCGAAAGCCAUACUCCGUCAACCUUCUUCUCGGCGGCUAUGACACUGCAACACACGACCCACAUCUGUACUGGAUUGAUUAUCUCGGCACCAUGUCAGAGGUGCCGUUCGCCGCUCACGGUUACGGUGCCUAUUUCGCACUGAGUUUGCUCGAUCGGUAUCACGACCCAGAGGCUACUCUCGAAGAGGGUCUUGCCACGCUAAGACGCUGCCUUGACGAGGUGGCGAAGCGUCUCGUGGUAAGCCCUGGAAAGUACAAAGUCAAGAUUGUAGACAAGGAUGGCAUCCGCGAAGUUGAUCUGUAA